AUGGCUUCCACGCUCCAGCUGCUGUUUUCCAUUGCCAUCACAGCUUUCGCUUUUUUCCUCCACCCAUGUGCAUCCACUGAGUUCCGCCGUGAGCUCUAUGGUUGGUCCAAUGGCAUUGCUACAUGGUAUGGCGCAGCUGAUGGUGCCGGAACUGACGGUGGCGCGUGUGGAUACCAGAAUGCUGUGGACCAGCCACCCUUCUCAUCCAUGAUUGCCGCUGGCUGCUCUUCCAUCUUCGAUUCUGGCAAGGGCUGUGGCUCUUGCUAUCAGGUUGUAUGCACUGGCAAUGAGGCUUGCUCUGGUAACCCGGUGACUGUCGUCAUCACCGACGAGUGCCCGGAUUGCCCGUGUCCCGAUGAGCAGGUCCAUUUGGACAUGAGCGGGACAGCGUUCGGUGCCUUGGCGAAGCCCGGGCAGGAGAGCCAGCUGCGUGGCGCCGGCGCCAUCCAAAUCCAGUAUACCCGGGUGCCGUGCGAGUGGCCUGGCGUGGACGUAACCUUCUCGGUGGAGUCGGGCUCCAACCCGAACUACCUGGCCGUGCUGAUCGAGUACGAGGACAGCGACAGCGACCUCUACUCCGUGGACAUCAUGCAGCAGGGCGGGACGGGGACGGGGCAGUGGGUGCCGAUGCAGCAAUCGUGGGGCGCCGUGUGGAAGAUCAACUCCGGCUCCGUCCUCCAGGGCCCCUUCAACAUCCGCCUCACCUUCAGCUCUGGCAGGGUGCUCGUCGCCAGCAACGCCAUACCUGCGGGGUGGAACGCCGGCGUCGCGUACCGGUCCGGCGGCGUGGCUGUGACGAGGGCCAGGCCCAGGAGCGAUGGCUGCCGGCGCUACGAGGCUGCCGGGACACUGCACCUUUUAGUGUUGUCAGUGGUAUUAUUGAUGCUGUGA